AUGGGAGAUCUAAUAUCGGAAAAAGCGGCGGAAGCUCCAUCGUACAACUAUCCAUUCGCAGCAGCGCCCGAUAUCAUCCGCUCCCACCAGAAAGAUGCAUACUUCGAAGGGGUCUUGCUUAAUCACCUGUCGAAUCUCCUAAGACGCCUCUAUGGAGCACGAUUCCUCCACACAUAUACCUCGGAAGCGCGAACAUUUUCCGAGCUCCUAUAUCUAGGCUUAACGACGCUUAUAGGGAACAGGACGUUGGGGGAGGAGUAUUGCGAUAUAAUACAAGUCGAAGAUGAUACGCUCAAGUUGCCUGCUAUAUCAAGACGCGCAGGGUAUAUUGUAACCUCAAUACUGCUUCCGUACUCUCUAAAUCGAGUCCUCCCAUCAUUCCGUUCACGAAUCCGAACGAAACUCGAAAGCAACCUGCGGAGAUUAUCCCGCCAUAAACAACAAAGCUCAACUUCCUUCAGAAUCCAAUCAUACCUUCUAAACCACCUUUCAACCAUCACUUCACCCUCGCCAAUCCACGCCCUAACACUCACCGUAUUCUACUUCACAGGCUCCUAUUAUCAGCUCUCGAAGCGGAUCUGGGGUCUACGCUAUAUCUUCACCAAGCGAAUCGCGCCGUCAGAGGCAAGAGUUGGAUAUGAAGUGCUAGGGGUGUUGUUGGUAUUACAAAUCACAGUCCAAACUUGGCUUCAUCUACACUCCACCCUCAACACCCCCGCACCGGCAAACCCUCAAGCCAUGAUAGGAGGAACAGCCGUGGUGUCCGGCGGCGUCGAGAUAAACCUAGACUUAAACAGCAAUAACGAACUACUGUUCGAAUCAUCUUUCGCCUCGCCACUGCACCCUAGCGCCGACGUGGGAAAAGUGACACACACAACCGUGUUGAAUAACCCGAGAUAUGAUUUAAGAGAUGAUGGCGUCAUGAAGUGGGUCAAAGGAAAGCAGCAACGGAAAUGUACGUUGUGUUUGGAGGAGUUGAAGGAUCCGAGUGUGGUGGGGUGUGGGCAUGUCUUUUGCUGGGCUUGUAUUGGGGACUGGGUUAGGGAGAAGCCGGAGUGUCCGCUUUGUAGGAGAGGGGUUCUGGGGCAGCAUAUUUUGCCGUUGAGGGUUUGA